GAUAAAGUGGAAACCGUUCGCAACUGCUCUCGACUACCAAAGGAUGUGAUUGAAGCCAUUGUCACUAUCAUUGCCAAUGAAUUACUCGAUGGCAAUGAGAAUCUAACCAUCGGUUCCAUACCGAAGUUGUUGACCACCGAUAUGUUGACUCACAUGAAGAGCCAAUGCGGAGGAAUACAGACUUUGCUCAGGAAUAAUAAACAUAUUUUUGAAGUAAGCGGAGGUAUAAUUGGGUUCACUCGACCGAAACCCAUCGAUGUCACCACAAAUGGCACCACAGAUACGGAUAAACAUNGCCAUCCCAACGGCUGUCCAUUACCUGCCACUCAAUGCCCCUUAAGUGACUUUCACCACAAAAAGCACUUCUCAUACCAAACCAGUGAUUCAUCCGAUGCUGUAAUCACUAACGUUUAA